AUGAAAGAAAGCUCACAUCUUUUCUCGAAAUAUUAAUUAGAGUACAUACAAAAAAUAGGGGAAGGAGCUUUUGGCAAAGUGUACAAAGCAUUCGAUUUAACCACAAAAAAAGUGGUUGCAGUCAAAGUAUUUAUACAUCUGUAGAACAACAACAGAUUCUUAAUACAGAUGAAGAAUAGGAAUUGCUAUCAUCCUUGAAUCACAAAAAUAUUGUAAAGCACUUCCGAGGGUAAUUCAGUUAAGUUCUAAUUGCUUAGAUCAACUUAGUUGCUGGUGAUGGAAUAUAUGGAAGGAGGAUCACUAAAGAAUUAUAUGAUUUAAAAUCCGAAUUUGAAUGAAGAACAAUGUAUAUAAAUAAUGAAAUCCAUUCUUGCUGGAUUGAGUUAUUUACAUCAGCAUAAUGUCAUUCACCGUGACAUCAAACCUGGUAAUCAUUUUUUAUAUCUCUAAAGAUAACAUCCUAUUAACCAAAGAUCUUGUGCCAAAGAUAGGUGACUUUGGUCUCAGCAUCCAAUUCGAGAACUUUGACUUCUCCACUUGUAAGUGCGGCACUUAUCUAUAUAUGGCUCCUGAAAUCCUACUAAACAAACUAUAUUCUAAAGUAUCGGUCUUAUUUAAAGAUAGCCAGUUGACGUUUGGGCUACUGGCAUCAUUAUGUAUUAAUUACUCUAAGGAAUUCAUCCCUACUAUAAAUCAGAAUCAACUAAGCAACAAUACCUUUAAAACAUCCUGGAAAGGCCUUUAUAUUUUAAAAAGCAAAUCUCCCCCCAGGCCAAGGACUUGCUAAUUCGACUACUAAAGUUAGAUAUUACCGAUCGAUACACAGCUAGUCAAGCUCUGCAACAUCCUUGGUUAACUAAAUAGGAAAGUAUGCCUCUAAGUCUUUUUGAGUAAUUUAAAUUGUUUGAUUGCAAGAGCAAAUUCAUCAAUGUAUUGAAAUCAUCACAUUUAGAUCAUCAAAUUGUUGAUGUUCAUUCAAUAAUUAAAGAUACCCAAAUUCUCAUAUGGAUAUAUUCUAGGCCAAUAAGGCUUUCACAUUAAGCAAGUUCAAUACAUUUUAGGUUAAAUACAAUCUCCUCUCAAAUUUGAAUCUCCAACCAUUUCAAGUUCCAACACUCUUAAAAAAAAAGGUAAAAUUGACAAUUCAGAAGACAACACACCAAUGAGUCUACAAAAUUCAACAUUCUAUUAGAAAAAUAAAAAAUUACAAGUAAUUAAUUGUAUGCAAUUAGAAAUUAUCCAAUUUUUAUGAACAGGCUUAUAAAUCAAAUGAAAACUCAGUUGCUUAAUUAAGUCCUUAGAAACCUAAAAGAAGUAGUAUGAACUUUUCUCAAGCCUCUAGAGAAUAUGCAGAAAUUAUGUUAGGGUACUCUGCCAUAAAAGAAAAGCGAAAACCCUCUUCAUAAAUAAAACUGGAACCUUUAGAUAGAAGAGCAAAGAGAACAUCUUCUGUAAUAGUAAUUUCAAAUAAACAAUGA